CCUGUUACGUUUGUUGUUGUUAUUUUUAAAAUGAUCAACGUGUGAAUAGUGAUUACAUCAGAUUACAUAAAAAUUACUGAUAAUUAAUUUAAAUUACGUUUAAAUGGCAUUUCUACAGCAAUGUGGAAAUUUGAUUCGAGUGUUUGUGAAUUUAUCUGCAUCUUGUCAAAACAUACUUACACCAAGACUAGUAGUAAACAAUGUAUUUGGUGGUUAUGUUAGCUCAAUGUCAACAACAUAUUCACAAAAAUAUGCUUAUUCAACAACAACUAAUAAACAAUUGGACUUUGAUACAUCUAAUAAUUCAAAAUCAAUGUUAUUAAAAUUAUUAGAAGAAUCUUUACAAUCCAGUCAACGAGAUACAUCAAUUGAAAUAUUAGAAAAAUUAAAAACAAAUCAAAUUGAAAUUAGAACACAUUAUUAUUGGCCAUUACUUGUUCAAGCAUCAACAGAAGGAGAAACAAGUAUUAUAUCAACAAUUAAACAUAUGUUAAAUUUAGGAGUUGAAAUUGAUCAUACAACAUUGAUAGAAUUUAUUUUACCAUUUAUUAACACAUCAAAUCCUUCAAUGACAUUACAAAAAUUAACAAGUAUUGGAUUAACACUAUCACAAGUUAAAAAUUCACUUGUUUGUUAUUAUCUUGAGCAUGAAAAAAUAAAUGAAACAAUUAAUUUUUUAACAACAACAAAAGGAAGUUUAAAUUUUGAUAAAAUAAAUAAUUCAUUAGUUAAAUAUUUUCAACUUUCAAAUGAUGUUGAUGGUUGUUCAAGAAUUUUACAAUUUUCAACAAAAUAUAAAAAUUAUGCUGGUAUAUUUCUUGAUAAAAUUUUUUUAACAAAAACAAAUAAAUAUGAUAUAUUAGUACUUGAUAAAUUUAUAAAUUCAUUUGAACAACAUAAAAUAUAUAUUUCUAGUGAUACUUUAAAAUUAUUAAGAGAUAAUUUUUCAUCAAAUAAUUACAAAGAUCAUUUUAAUAUUUUAAUGAGAUUAAAUAAUAUUGAAAAUGUUAAUCUUGAACAAUUAAAUUCUGAAAGAUUAUCAGGUAUUCCACAUCCACAUAAUAUGACACUUGAAGAACUUGAAUGUCAUCUUGUUGAAUUAAAAUCAAAAGGUUUUAAUACACGUGGUGUGCUAAGAAAAUUAUUAAUAAUACAUUGUAAAAAUAAUAAUUUAAAUAGAGUUGAAGAGCUUAGAGAUGAAAUUAAAAAAUCAGAUAUGAUUAUGUCACCAGCAAUGAAAGCUCAUCUUCUAGAUAUUUAUACUAAAAAUGAAAAUGUCGAUGAAGUUUGUUUUUUUAUAAUGGAUUUACAAAAAAAUCAUCCAAGUUUUGUCAUUGACUCAUUCAAGCUUAUCAAUGCAGCAACAAUGCUGGUGAAGCAUAAUAAAAUACAAAAAACAUUAGAAAUUAUAAAUAGCUAUGGAAAUGCUUUGCAUCAAGCACCAUCUGAAUGCUGGAAAUUGUUAGAUACAAUAGCUAGAAGUGAACAUGCUGAAAUGACUCAUAAUUUUUUAAUAACAUUAGUCAAAAAAAAUUAUUGUGAGAUUAAUAAUACAAUCUUGGGGCCUUUAAUUCGACGUCAUUUGAUUAAAAAUGAUCUGGUAUCUGCUGUUGAUACAUUUGAUGUUCUUUCAAAAAUGUAUUCAUUGACUCCACUAAAACAAGAGUUAAUUUGUGCUCUAGUUGAAACAAAGAGUGAUGAUAAAAUAGCAAAACUUUUAAAAAUUGUUAGUGAUAUUGUUUUAAGUACUCAUGGACAACCAACACUUGAUAUGGAAUUGACAAUUGCUUAUGCAAAACAUGGAAUGAUUGAUGAACUUAAAAAUUUAUUAAAAAACUUUGUACAUUUAAAUGUUUUAAUUGAAAAUUCAACAAAACAUAUUCCUGAUGAUUUUAAGGAAAAUAUUUUAAUAAAUAUUUUAGAAGCAAGCAAAGGAUUAGAAAAAAUUGAUCGAGUAGGAAUUUAUGAACUAAUUUUAGAUAUUUAUUGCAAAAAUGAAAAUUAUCAAGCUGCUAUUGAGCUGUGGAAUAAAAUUAAAUUAGAAGAUGUUAUUCCUCCAUUAACAUUAAAAACAAAAUUUACAAAUUUAUUAUCAAGACACAAUGUUCCUGUACCUCAAUAGAAUAUUUAAAACAAAAAAAAAAUAAUAAA